UGGGGAGUUUUUCUCAUAAAACUUUUCCAUUAAAAGCUCCUGUUGAACCCCCAUUCAGUGAUUCCUUACAAUUCAACAUAUAUGUGUAUAUAAAUAAAUAAACUUAAUAAACUAUUGCAACUGUAUUAACUCUCUUUUUUCCCUUUUUUUUUUUUUUUUUUGUUUUCCCUUUACUUUUUCUGAAAACAUCUUUUUUCUUUGGAAUGCACCAUCUUCAUACUACGUAGGCUACCUUUUAUGGCCAACUGACCAUGUUAAAGGCUUAUUUAUUAGCUUCCGAAGUUUAUUGUUGGGUUAUGACACUGAGGAAGUAAAUGGUAUUAAGUAAUUGAAGUGUAAACUUUUUAGCAAGAUAUAAAAGAGUAGAAAUAUUGAAAACAAAUGCAACUUAACACCUAAAAUUUUGCUGGAAAGGCAUUUGAAUUAGUUUUUAUGGCUAAAGUUGAAAAAGGCAAUUUAAAGGGAUUCUCUUUCUUUAGUCUUUCUUCUCAUAAAUAUAGUCAAUGAAUUUCAACUUUCAAGUCAAGUAAGUCCCUGCUCUUCGUUUUCUUAUUCUUAUUUUUUCAAUUUUCAGAGUAAUAAUAUGUGCACAAACAAAUUACACACAAAUAUGUGACAUACAUUUAUAUAUGAAGUUACCUCAACCAAUUAUUUUUAUUCAAAAUGAAUUCUACUUAUCUAAAAUGAUUUGUCACGUGAGUGUGAUUUAUAUGUACACAUAUUAUCAAUCCUUUUUUAAUAUCCUUCUAUAUGCUAUAUAAUAGGGUGUACUUGCUAAUAAUAUACUUUUUAUUAUAAUUUUUAUUUUUAUUUGUUAUAAAUAUAAUAUGUUGUCACAUAGGUAUAAAAGAAUUAUCAAAUGGCUGUGCACCAUAACCGAAUAACUGAAUUAAGGAACGAAUCUUUCUCUUUUUUUUAUUAAUUUUUCUCACCUUCCCCAUGAAGGUUCCAAAAUUACAUACAACGAUCACAAACUACAAUUGCUUAUAAAUUUGAAGCAUAGCAACCAAUACAUUUCCCCCUUUUCUGCUCUUUCCCUCCUUUUAAUAAUAAUUGCUGACUCUUUGUUCAAGAAAGAUUUACAUAUUUUCUUUAUUUUCAACCAAAACCCAUUAAAGAUUUAACCUCUUUAAAAAAAAAAAAAAAAAAAAAAUCCAAAAUGUCACAAGAAAGAUUAGUCAUUGUAACCUUUGUUGUUCUUGCUGUUUUUAUGGCUAUGGUAUCGACUGGAUCAGGGGUUGGAGUGAACUGGGGAACAUUAGCUAGUAAUCAAAUUUCACCUAGAAAGAUAGUUCGAAUGCUCAAGGAAAAUGGGUUCACUAAGCUUAAGCUGUUCGAGGCCGAUGAGUUGAUUUUGGCGGCUUUAAUGGGGACUCAUAUUGAGGUCAUGGUGGCCAUACCUAACCGUAUGUUGGAAGAAAUGAGUGACGAUCCUAAGGCUGCCGCUUCUUGGGUUCAAGCCAAUGUGACCAGUUACUUGUACACUGGUGGAGUCAAUAUCAGGUAUGUUGCUGUUGGAAACGAACCAUUCCUAGAAGCAUAUAAUGGUUCUUAUCUACAUACUACAUUGCCGGCUCUUAUGAACAUUCAACAAGCUCUAAAUGAUCAAGGUGUGGGGUCAAGGGUCAAAGCAACAGUCCCUUUGAAUGCAGACAUCUACUUCUCUCCUGAUUCAAACCCUGUACCAUCUGCUGGAGAUUUCCGCCCUGAAAUCAGAGACAUAACAAUUGAGUUAGUCCAGUACCUCCAAGUCAAUGAUGCUCCCUUCACUGUCAAUAUCUACCCUUUUCUUAGUCUCUACAGUGAUGAAUACUUCCCCAUGGACUUUGCUUUCUUUGAUGGGAAGCAUUUCAAGCCUCUUAUCGAUGGUGAUAGAGUGUACAAAAACGUGUUUGAUGCCAAUUUCGACACCCUUGUUUCGGCCUUAGAGAAAGCAGGUUUCCCUGACAUGAAGAUCAUAGUUGGAGAAGUUGGUUGGCCAACUGAUGGUGACAAAAAUGCCAACAUAAAAAAUGCCAAGAGAUUCAAUCAGGGAAUGCUGCAGCAUGCCCUGAGUGGGAAUGGAACCCCAGCUCGGAAAGGCAAGAUAGAGAUUUACCUGUUUAGUCUCAUUGAUGAGAAUGCCAAGAGUGUUGAGCCUGGGAACUUUGAGAGGCACUGGGGGUUAUUCGAGUAUGAUGGGAAGCCAAAAUAUGGGCUUGACUUAACUGGGUCAAAGAAAAAUAAAGGAUUGGUGGCUGUGGAUGGAGUGGAAUAUAUGCUGAAAAGGUGGUGUGUUCUGAACCCAGAUGUUAAAUACUUGGAUGUAUUGCCAGAGAACAUUGAUUAUGCUUGUAGCUUGUCAGAUUGCACUGCUUUGGGUUAUGGAUGUUCUUGUAAUAAUCUGACUGUCCAUCAAAAUGCUUCUUAUGCUUUCAACAUGUACUAUCAGGUCAAUGAUCAGAGUAGAUGGACCUGUGAUUUUUCUGGUUUGGCUAUGGUGACAGAUGAGGACCCUUCUGUUGGGGACUGCCAGUUCCCUGUGAUGAUUGCUUAUGGUUCUUCAUUGCAAAGUGGUAUGUCAGAAAAGGUCAUGAGAAUUGUUGGCCUAUUUACUUUGUUAAUCAUUUUGCUAUGAUUAGAGGAAAAAGAGAAUUAAGUUUUAGGUAGAAA